CUUCACUUGUUAUAUUCUCUCAUCAUCACAACUUUACUCUUUCAUUGUGGUUAUGAAGUCCCCCACAUCACUAACAUAACUAUCAUUCUUGCUUCCACAUAAAACCACUUUCUCACAUUGAUUUAUAGUCAAGUUUUCUACCUUACACCUCCUCAACUCAAAUUCAAAUUCAAAGCAAAAACAAACAAGAAGUUAAUUUCUCUAAUAUGGAUUUGAAGAGGGAGUGUGAUAGAGAAACCAAAGAGGAUCAAGAUUUCAAUGAAGAUAGUAUACAAACUAUAAUGUUCACAUUAGGUACAUUUCUUCUAAUGGUGUGUCUAAAGAGUUUCUUAGUCGAAAAGUGGCGUUCUUAUGUGUUCUUAAUCCUCAAUGUUAUUCUAUUAGCCAUUCUUUUCAUGUCUAUGAAGCCAAAUUAUUGGAGUAGUAGAAAUUUAGAAAGUGAAAGCAAUAUUGAAGAUAUGAAAAAUGAUGACAAAUUGAAGAAAAGUGCAUGUGGAAUUUCUCAAGAAAAUAAAGAAGAAUGUUACACAAAACAAUGUUGGACUAGUGCUAGCAUUAGUACUAAUCAUAGUAUUAGUACUAACGAUGUUCAUGUUGAGAAUGAGAUUGAUGAGGAAGAGGAAGAAGAGGAUGAACAUGUGGAAGUUUUGUCUAAGGAGGAGUUGAAUGAAAGAGUUGAAGCUUUCAUAGCUAUGUUUAGGAAGCAUUUGAGUUCAGAUGAUAAACAAGGUGAGAAUUUUAGGCACCAAAAGGCAACAAAUUUGACACCAAAAAUUGAAGUUUCUUGUUGUUGAUGAGGCUUAGGUUCUAAAGAGAGAGCUAGAGUAUUUUUUUUUUUUUUUUGUUUUUAUUUAUUUAUUUGUUUUAAAUGAUUAAGGAUGUUUUUCUUGGUACUAUAUUGUUUGGAUUGAUGCAAUUUGUAGACAUGUUUACAUUAUUAUAUAUUUACUUCUCUCUAA